CAUUAACCUAUAAAAGUUGUUGAUUCACCAGUGCAAAAGCAUCCUGAAGAGAGAGCAAAGCAGAUCUUACACUUCAAGUACCACUACCUCCCAAAAUUCUGCUUAAGGUUAAGAUGCCUGAGAGACAAUGCCUGCACCUGGACACCCCUCUGAGGGACAGCAUUCCUUUAACCAAGCUGGCCGGUACCAAAGUUUAUCUUAAGCUUGACAAUGCACAGCCAACAGGCUCCUUCAAAAUCCGUGGUAUCGGACAUUUGUGCAAGACAUGGGCAGAGCGAGGAUGUAAGCAUUUUGUCUGUUCCUCAGGUGGAAAUGCUGGUCUGGCAGCAGCUUACAGUGCCCGUAUGCUGUCUAUACCUGCCACUAUUCUCGUGCCAGUCACCACCCCAGCCUUUACCAUACAGAGAGUCAAGGAUGAAGGUGCCACGGUAUGCGUAGUGGGAGAGAUCCUGGAUGAAACCAUUGAGCAUGCCAAGGAGCUUGUGAAGAAUAACCCAGGUUGGGUCUAUAUUCCUCCAUUUGAUGACCCUUUGAUAUGGGAAGGUCACACCUCACUUGUCAAGGAAAUGAAGGCCACUCUUCCAUCUAAACCCGGAGCUAUCGCUCUGUCAGUUGGAGGAGGUGGGAUGCUUUGCGGAGUGGUACAGGGACUCAGGGAAGUAGGAUGGAAUGAUGUUCCUGUAAUUGCCAUGGAAACUAAAGGUGCACAUAGUCUCAAUGCUGCUGUGGAAGCUGGAAAAUUAGUGACUUUACCAGAGAUUACAAGUGUGGCUAAAACCUUGGGAGCCAAAACCGUGGGAGCCCAGACCCUGAAAAUAGCUCAGGAGCAUCCAGUCUUUUCUGAGGUUAUUACAGACCAGGAAGCCGUGUUGGCUAUUGAGAAAUUUGUUGAUGAUGAGAAAAUGCUUGUGGAACCUGCCUGUGGUGCUGCUCUGGCUGCCGUUUACAGUAAUGUGGUUGGGAAGCUACAGAAAGAAGGCAAGCUGAGAAACGACCUCUCCUCUCUGGUUAUCAUUGUGUGCGGUGGGAACAACAUUACUCUGGCACAGCUCUAUCUAUUAAAAGAACAGCUAGGCAUGCCCUCUAUCAAAGCUGCCUAACAGCAACAUACCCAACAACUUGGACUCCCUAGAACACAAACAGAGCAAUGUUUUUCAAAACUGUCCUCAGGACCCAGGACUGCUACAUUUUAGCAUUCUUUGGCUACUCGGUCCAUCUGCACUGGACUGGCUUGUGGACACCAGUUUACUGUCAGACAAGUUAUUCUCAUAAGCACAUCCUGGUCUGAUAUUUGCUUGCAUCAAGACCUGCAGCCCUUCCUGGAUGACAUUUUAAUAUGGAAAGUGGCGGUCUUGGAAUUUUUUUUUUGUUUACCAGAAUAUUGUAGUUUUUUUUU